AUGGCGGAGCCUAGCCGUAAAAAGGGAAAAGGCCAUAGCAAAGCCAAAGACGAUGCUGCAACUAUCUCCGAUAAACGUUUUGCCAAUAUCCAAAGCGACCCUCGCUACCGUCUACCUAGCAAACGCCAUACCCAUGUCAAACUAGACAAGCGCUUUGCGCACAUGCUGCGCGACAAGGACUUUUCGCGAAAUGCUGCAGUGGAUCGCUACGGUCGCAAAUUAGCUCGCGAUGAUACUAAGAAACAGCUGGAACGGUUUUACCGCUUGGAGGAUGAGGAGGGGGAGGGAAAAGAGGACGACGAGGACGACGCCGACGUUGCUUCUGCGGCGGGUAGUGUCGAUGAUGACGAAGUAGUACUCAAGGAACUGCAAAGGGUAGAAAAGAAGAAGAAGAGGGAUUAUGAUCCAGCACGUGACGGAGGCUUUUCGGAGUCAUCUUCCAGUGAGGAGUCUUCCAGCGACGAAGAAGAAGACGACGAUGCAGAUGUUGAGGGUGAUGUGGACGACGUCGAAUUUCCCGACAAAAAACAAUCAGAUGUCCCACUUGGCGAGGUGACGAAUCGCAUUGCCGUCGUGAACCUCGACUGGGACAACAUCCGAGCUGAAGAUCUCAUGGCCGUGUUUUCAAGUUUUGUAACCGGGGGUCGCAUUUCACAAGUCUCGAUUUAUCCUAGUGAAUUUGGAAAAGAGCGGAUGGAGAGGGAAGAGAUGGAAGGUCCUCCUCGAGAGAUUUUCGCAUCUGCACACGAAGAUGAUGAAGAGGAGGAGCUAGACGACGAGGAUGAGGAAGAAGAGGACGAGGACGAAGACUCGGAGGGUGAAGACGAAAAAAUCAAAAAGUCCAUCGUGAAAGAGGACGAGGGAAACGAGUUCAACACGACCCAACUUCGACAAUAUCAGCUUGAACGGCUACGUUAUUACUACGCCAUCAUCGAGUUUGCGUCCAAGCAAACGGCAAAACAGGCCUACGAUUCUAUUGAUGGCACUGAAUAUCUGUCUAGCGCCAAUUUCUUUGAUCUCCGGUUUGUCCCAGACGACACAGACUUUUCAGAUGAUAAACCGCGGGAACAGUGCCGCCGUAUACCGGAUGGAUAUAGACCUACGGAAUUCGUAACGGAUGCGCUUCAACACAGCAAAGUGAAACUUACGUGGGAUGCCGACGACAAGGUCCGAAAAGAGGCACAAGCAAAAGCGUUCAGAGGUGGGCGCAAGGAUAUUGAAGAAAAUGACCUAAAAGCCUACCUGGCUAGUGACAGCUCCGAUGGUGACGAUGAUGACGAAGAGGAAGGCGGUGUUGAGAUUGUCGAUACAACCACUGAUACAACUUCAAAGACGUCAAAGAAGGAGACGGAAAGGCAGCGAAUGCGCGCUCUACUUGGCUUGAAAGAGGAGCCUGCUGCUAAACCGUCGAAAGAAAAAGGUCCCGUGGGCGACAUGGAGAUUACUUUCACCUCGGGACUGGCAGGCGAACCAGUCCGAGAGUCUGUGUUUGAGAAUGAACCAGUCAUUGAAGAAACAACAGUCGAAAAGUACAUUCGCAAGCAGCGAGAACGCAGGAAACUACGAAAGGAGAAAUUGAAAACGCCCAAGCGAGAUGACGAGGCUACUACGGCGGACAAUGUCCAUGAUGAUGAGGAAGCGCAGCAAACCAUUGCCGCUGAAGAAGAUCUUGGUUUCGAUGAUCCUUUCUUCAACGAACCGGAGGGUAAAAUCAAGGCAAGCCAGCGCAAGGAGGAACGACGCAAGAAACGCGAGGAGAGAGCGGCGGAAGAAGCUGCAGUGGCGACCAAGCGCGCCGAGCUUGAACUUCUCAUGGUCGAUGACCAGUCUACGGGGAUGAAACAUUUCAACAUGACCGAGAUCGAAAAAGCCGAGAAGCGGGCUCGCAAGAAGGGGAAGAAAGGUAGAAGCAAGCACAGAGACGACCAAGCAACUGUCAACGACGACUUUGAGAUGGAUGUCAAAGACCCUCGGUUCGCCAAUAUGUAUGAUAGCCAUGAGUUUGCAAUCGACCCGACCAAUCCGAAGUUCAAAGGCACGUCAGGCAUGAAAGCAGUGCUCGAGGAAAGUCGGAAGAGGCGCAGAGUGCGUGAUGAUGGCAAUGACGAUGAACCUGUGGAAGAAACUAAGAAGAAAAGGAAAGGAUCGUCUAAGCGCAGCGACGCUGCAGAAGAGGUCGACGUGAAGAAACUGCUGGCGCGUGUCAAAAGUAAAACGAGCAAGGCGUGA